UUUAACGCCAAGAAUGAGGAAUUCUCGAGCCUUUUGAAAUGGAACACGUAUCCUGAAGCGACAAAGGUUCUAAAACAGUUGGAGUUGUGCUACGAUUGUACACCCAGUAAGCGACCACCAAACUUUAAAGAGGUUUGCAACGCGAUUUACGAAUAUAUGAAUAAAAUGUUUCGAGCAAGCGAUGGAGUAUUUGAACUUGUGAAGGAAUCUUUGGAAAAUAAACCGUGGAUUUUGUGUGGGAAAACAUUUUAUUGCGCCGAUCAAAUUGUCUUUAAACUUCCUCAUCAAAGUAAUUUAAAUAGCAAUGAUUUCUUAAUCGUUGAAUUUCCCGCAGAAUAUCCAAAUAAACUUGAGCCUUUUUUUAAAGCGAUGGGGGUUCGAGAUGUGAUCGGAGUCAAAGAUUUUAUUUUGAUUAUUACAAACAAGUCAAAGGGAAAUUUGGAUAGAGAAUUAUCAACGGACGAAAUAGAGGACAUCGUCCAAAUUCUUGAGCAGAUCGCAACGAUACAACAAGAUGCCAGGGAAGGACGAAAGUAUUUGGAGAAAUUGGAUGGAUUAUUAGUUCCGAGCACCAAAAAUAAACUUGUAAAUUAUGAUGAAAUUCAGUAUGAUGACAUGAAAGAUCGAAUUGACGAAAGAGAGAAGUCCAAAUAUCAAAUCGCUCAUCAACUUAUAACUCGAGAGGUUGUUAAAGAAUUAGGAAUUGAAACCUUAACAGGGAAAAUAUAUGGCCAUGGAUCCGAUGAUAUUAAUUGGGAUAUUUAUGAGCAGGAUGAAUCAUUGACUACCAGAAUAAAAAAUAUUAUUAAGGACUACCCGUUAGAAAAACUGUUUAUAGAAUUUCUUCAAAACGCAGAUGAUGCCAAGGCCAAACGGUUUUCAAUAAUAAUAGAUAAACGUCCAAAAUUACAGCAUGAUUGUUCCAAAAAAACUUUACUGUCAGAUGAGAUGGAUGAUUGGCAAGGUCCGUCGAUAUGGAUAUACAAUGAUGCCGAAUUUUCUGACCAUGACUUUAUGGCUUUGAUUAAACUCGGAGUUGGAGGGAAAUCUCAUGAUAACACCAAAAUUGGAAGAUUUGGAAUAGGAUUCAAUAGUUCUUUCCAUGUUACAGAUUUACCAAGCAUUGUAAGUGGAAAAUAUAUUGCAUUUUUAGAUCCAAAUGCUAAAUUUCUUCCAACUAAAAAGCAUAGAGGUACUCGAUUUAAUUUUAUUGAAAAGGAAUUUAAAAAAAGGAUUCCAGAUCAAUGCUUUCCUUACAAAGCAUUAGAAGGUUGUGAUUUUAUAAAAGAUUGCAGUUUUACAAAAGAAUUCAAAGGGACAUUAUUUAGACUUCCACUUAGAACCCCAAAAUUGGCGGAAAUGAGUGACAUUUCAAAUCGAGUUAUAGAUAUUAAUGAGAUCGUAAAUCUAUUUAGUAAUGUCCAGGGUAGUAAAGAGAUGCUCUUCUUAAGAAACAUAGAAUCAUGCAGUAUGUAUCGUAUCGACGAAAACGGACAAGCUCCUCAAAUGAUAUGGCAGACGCAGAUUAAUAAUAUGUCAGAAACAAUUCGCGAUAUUCGUAAAAGUGUAAUUGUUCAGGAGCAAACAUAUAAAUUAGAGAUCGAAAGAACUAAUGAACAAAAUCAGAAAUCUUCGGAAAUAUGGCUUUUAUGUACAGGAGAACAUGAGAGCGUCAAAUCGGAAUUUGAAAAUUUUUCAAAUGAGAAACGACUCAAGCCGAGAGGCGGAGUUGCCGCAUUACUUGCUAAAUCCGAUGAAAAAUGUUUAGAUGAGUUAAAAGCUGAAUCG